CUAAGACACAGACUCUGAAGUUACACAGUGAGUCAGUGAUAAAGCUAGAAAUGAAAUCCCAGGUCUCCUGUCUGAGUCUUGUCCCCUGUCUACUGGACCUUGUUGCUUCCCCGAGUCAUUUAGUUUAGUUUAUUAUCAUCGUACAGAAUUUCAAAAGCACUAACAUUUUCCCAAACUGGGCAUCAGUGUUAAUCUGUGAGAUUAUUUUGAGGCACCAGUUACGGCUCCAUAGGUAAAGUUGAAUUCACCCUGUUUUGUAUGAAAAGUAAAGCAGAUCCCCCCCAAAAACCACAGCCCUUAUUUUUGGGGCAUAGAAUGAAUUUUCUGAGCCUGAACAGUAAAUCCAUUCAUUAGUUUAGGAGUUGAAAUUAAUUUUAAAAUGGGUCCUUUCUGAACUUUAGCAUCCAAUGUCCCACCUUUUUCUUCCUCAUUAUUUUAACAGAAUAAUGCAAACUCCUGUUCAUUGAAGAAAUUCUUUUUAGGAUUAAUGACCAUUUUUCCCAUUCUUCUUCAUACCUCAAAGUUUCUUCUUCAACAGAGACGGAAAAAUAAUCUUCAGAGAAUUCCAUGAAGAGCUGCCCUCCUUCAGAAUGGCUGUCAUCUCCUAUUGUUUUCAGUGAGUCUGAGACUUCGCUGCCAAUAGUAAAGAUGACCACUGCCUUCACUCUCCUCAUUCUCCAUGUCUUCCAGUCUGCCUCAUGGCAGCAUACAUAGCCACCAUUUUUCCUGAUGGCAGCUUGGUUUCACUUUCAAUUGGGAAUAAUGGAAGGCACUGGCAGUGGCCGUUUUGGAGAAGUGGUUUUUGUUUUGUUUUGUUUUUAACUAAAAGGAGCAUGUAACCUCAAUACUAUUAAGAAAAACAGGAAAAGGUGGCCAUUUUGAAAGAGAGCUGUUCUUGAUGAACCUCUCAGAAAAUGUCAGCCUCUCAAACUUUCAGUUAUGAAAAAAUCAAAUUGUCAUUAAUCCUAAAUAUUUUCAAAAGCUUACCUAUUGCAUCAGAUCCACUCAAUAUAGAGAGAGCAGGAAGAAAGGAGAAACUAGUUUGGGUUGGUGUAUACAAGGAAUGUAAGGGGUACAGGUAGGAGAUAGAAUUUGAGGGGCAUGUAUGCAAGGGCACAGGAAGUAAGGAAAGCCUAGUGAGGAAUGUACAAGGGAAUGUGAAUGCCAUGUUUGGAGGUGGGGGGGGCAGAAUACAUUUCUUUAUGUGAAACUUCUUCUUCUUCUUUUUUUUUUUUUUUUUUUAAAUCUGGGACCAUAAGCUCUUAAAAAUCAAAACAGCGCCCCCUUCACAAAAACUCCUUAAUCAUGUGGCUAUUGCAUGGUGCUACACAGGGCACAGUUAAGGUUGCUUGGGUGCUCUGGCUGCAUUUCUGUACUUUUUAGCAUGUUUGAAUUUCUUUAAGUUUAACCUUUAAGUCUAAAUUUCCUGAGUUUCUAACAUUUUGUGUUAAUUACAGUAUCCUUAGAAAGUAUGUGACACCCUAAAUUACUUACAUUUAUUCUUAAACUUAACUCUAUUUUCAACAUAGUCUUUUGUCUGGGAACAUACACUUGACUUUCAUUUUUAUCUAAUAGUCAUGGAAAAAUUAAAUUUUUAAAACCCCACUUUUUGUAUAUCAGGAGGGUCAUUCCUCCUGAGCAGCUUUUUCAAAAUUGUACUAAAGUCUUCCAUUUACACACCUACCCACUGAAUCAUCAACUGGAUUGGAGACCAGGUUAAAAUUCUGUUACAUUUGAAGUUUUGCCAUUGACUUCAGUGGCAAGAUUUGGCCUUAUAGUGUGUGUCUGUGGAAGUCCUACAACUCAGCUGUUCUGUCCAGUGAUCAGCUCUUCUGUACUUUGGGGCCAUAUUCUGCUCUGUUACACCAAGGCCAACUAAAGCCAAUAAAGCCACUCUUACCAAUGUAACUAUAAGUAGAAUUCGCCCUUGCUAAGGAGGAAAAGCCUUAGGCAUCCUUUUAGAGGUUCCAACCAUGCUUCCAUUAAGAGUUUGUCCAUAGGAAUAUGCCAGUGACAUCAGUGGGAGUAGCUUCAGAGCUGUAGCUGUAGUUAUGGUGUUUUCAAUUUAGGUACUUUCCUUCCAAGGAAUGGUAAAGCAUGCAAUAGCUGUCACCAAAUUUUAAAAGAAGCUAACACCUAAAAUAGAACAAUGUUCAAUGCCUGUUUUGUAAGUGUCUUCUAAGUUUAGGUUCCUACUUUCUCACAUUUUGCAUUGUCAGGAAAGACUGGAGAUGCAAUGGACUAGACUCUUUCCCUCCCCCCCUCCGCCCUUUGGCUGCAUCAUAGAGAUGCCAAAUGUCCUGAAGGUUCCUCCCAGACCUAUAUUUACAUCUUACUAGUUUUGUUAAAAUGUGCAGAUAAAAGUAUGGACCCUGAGAAUACGUCAAAUGAGACUCACUAAAAUAUUCACUAUACACUAAUAAAACACAAAACUGCUUUGCUCAUAUGACAAAAGUGGUCACUUAUUUGUAAAAGAUUUAAGCUUCAAUCUUGGCCCUAAAAUAAUUUUAAAUAGCUUAUAAUUGGAUCUCCGACUUUAAGUUUAAUAUCCAUACUUGUCAAUUUGUAUUGGGCCUGGGUUGCGUGAAGAAGAGAGUAGAUACUAUAAAAUAACUUAAAACUACAGCCCGCUUGUAUUUUUGGUUAAUAUAAUGCAGUACAAGUUGCUAUAAUUCUUUGAAAAUACAUAUUUAGUCUUGCAGUUUUGUAAACAAUAGGAAUGUACAUCUUUACAGUGGUAAUUUUUUCAUGCCUUGAUUUUUUUCAAACUUUAUCAUUGGUGCAUUAUGCAUUUGCAUAUACUGUCACAUUUGUAGUUGAUGUCCUAUGGUUAUCCCAUUUCCAUAAUGCAUUUCCAGUAAAAUAACAGUUUACUGCAGAAUAACUGCAGCAAUGAAAAUAUUGGUGUAUAAUUUUGAGAAAUUUAACAUACAAUAUAGUCUAAUUACACACUAGACAGCAGAAUGAUGAAGUGUACAAACUGGAAGUUCAGAAUAAUUUUUUUUUUUAACCUUGACAUCAUGUAACCCAGAGUGUCUGUUCCUCAGAUCUUUGGGAGCUCUGGCCUUCCAGGGACAAUGAUUCUGGAAAUACAAUAAUCCAAGAAUGCUCUGAAUAACUUCCUGGGAUUUAAAUUAUCCAUUCAUUCCCAUUUGCAGUGGUUUUCAUCUUCAUAAUCCCAUCUUUCCCACUCCCUCUAAGUAGCCAUUUUGAAACUAUAAUAAUCUAUAGCCAGUACCCAAAAGAUAUGUAAUACAAAAAAACUGCACCUCCCUUCAACCCUAAUUACUACCCUGAGAAUAUAGCAUCCAUGGUACUUCCUUGCCAUAGGACCAAGCACACGUCUCUGCAUCUCAGUCUCAUAUCUGAUUCUUCCGAAACCAUCACCCCAUGGCUGAAUGCUGAAUUGCCAGCCAACCAUCCAGUUCAACAGCCGUCAACACUUUAAGAUAUCUUAAAUUUUAAUGCAUACUUAAGCAGUCUUGUGAAAUGUAAAUAUGUUUAUGGUAUGGUUGAAGAUGAGAAGGAGAAAUUGCUGUGUGAAGGUACUGUAUCCACAGCUAAUUUUGGCAUUGUAUGGUUAAGAAGGCAAUAGGUAAAUUACAAGACUUGAAAGGAGGGACACACAUUUAAAAAAAAAAAAAAAGCUAAAAUGUUUUGUCUAUUAACAUCCAGACCUUGUCAUCAGAUGCGUAAAACUAACAUGAAGGUGACCUGCAAAGGAUUUUUUAAAAGAUUGACUUGUGCCAUUUUUUGCUGCUUCAUAAUAUACAGAAAGCCUGAAAGACUUUCAUUUAAAGUUGCUUUUUCUGCUUCUGAUGAGUGGUCAUUUUUAUGCACUUUUCAUGAGAAUUGUUUUAAGUGACUUGAUUAAUUUGUGUAGUUGAGUACUGCUGUAGGGUAUAAACAUUGCAUCUCUUCUAUGUUAAUCCCAAAAGGAGUUAAGAUCGUCAUUAUGUUAUGCUUUUGGUACAAAUCUACCUCAGAAAGUUUGCUUGUGUUCACAAGCUACAGUGAAUUUUGGUUAACUAUACAAAGAAUUUUUCUUAAAAAUGAAUAAUGGUUAACAAACCAACUGAUCCCAAAUAGGUUCUUUUCAUACUGCACCUUUCUGAUGUUUUGUUUAAAACUUCAGUGGAUUAGAAGAAUAGACAUGGUUACUAUAUUAUACCAUGAAAUGGUUAAAUAUUAUUGCCAGUGUGACAGAACCAUGGAGAUACCAUGCAGAUACACACUACUGGUCAUCCAUAUGACUGCACUUUUAGCCCACCACUGUGGUACCGGAGGGAAAGUAAGAAACAAAGAUAAUCUAACAGGUCUUGGCUUGUCUUUUGACAGAAAAAUGCCACAUGCAUUCUUAUGCUCGUUUAUCUCAUGCAAGCUUUCAGGCAAAAGUUAUUAGCGUUUCAACAGGCAAAAGUUGACCAGACCUUUUUAAAUUAAAGGAAGAAUUUGUACAUCAUGAAAUUGAUUUUUGAGCUUAUUUUGAUUUGGGGACUAAUGAAGACUUCAAGAUUCCAGUGUGUGUUAGAAAAGGAGUAUUUCUGCUCUUCCAUUCCAAACGAUUUUCCAGAAGGCCUGACGUCCGUUCUAUUUGUUGUAACGAAGAUUGGGGUUAUCAACUCAAGUGUCUUCAACAGCCCAAACUUGAAAUCUGUCACCAGUCUAGCUCUAGCAAACAGUGGCAUCACAAGAAUUGAACCUGGAGCCUUUUACGCUUUCCAUAGUCUCACCAAACUCAGUUUAUAUAAAAAUAAUCUGACUACAGUUAUGGGUUCUUGGCUUUCCAAACCAGGACACUUAGAAAACCUUACAGUGUCUCAGAACAUCAUUCAGGAAAUAGGCCCCCAUAUGUUGUCCAGUUUCUCUAACCUGACAACCCUUAAUUUAGCUAACAACAGAAUUCAUAUGAUUGUGGCUGGAAGUUUGAAGAAUCUGUCUAAGUUAACUUUUAUUGAUCUGUCUGGUAAUAACUUAUCUACCUUAACAAGAAAUUUGUUCAGUGGGCUGAUGUCUCCAGUAAUGAAAUUGGGGGACAAUCCAUGGAACUGUUCCUGUGAACUUCAAGAUUUUGGAUUUUUUUUGCAAGAGCUGAUGAAUGCGUCUGUGUUGGAAGAUGCUUCAUCUGUGGUGUGUCAGAGCCCACAAGCCCUGAAGGGAAUUCCAGUUUGGAACAUCUCUGACUUUAACUGCCCACCGAGUCUCAUAUCACCAUCACUUGAGAAUGACUUCUAUAAAGUUGGAUUGCCAGUGAUGCUUCUAUGUUUAGUGUUUUUUUCAUUUCUUUUGCUGCUUCUCCUGCUCUGGAAGGUGAAACAAGAUAAAAAGCAAGUGCAGCCAGAUAAAGACGCUACUGUUGAAAAUAACCAUGAAACACUAACAGGCCACCUUAACAGAAUGACAGACAGACUGAGGAGCAGAGGACUGUCAGAUGAAAAGGUACAGACAACCGUGAAAACUGACAAAACCCAACAAAAUAGAAUGCAGAAAACUCGUGCAAAAUCUGCCUCACCAAUUAUGUUGAGAACUGAGUUUCAACACAGUAGUUUUCAACACCAUAGACCAACUGAUGGGAACCAGGAGGAACCCAAAACCUCUUGUACAGUAAUAAAUGAACAAGCCUGCAUGAAAAAUGAAGACUGCGACAAUGUUAUGGAACUGUGGUAUUUUAAUAGUUUGCAAGAUUGCAAUAAGACGAUUAUAUGUAGUCACAAUGCAAACACUUCACCAACUGAACUAAGCAUAGAAACCCCCAAAAAGGAUCGUUCAGAACUGUUAAAGCAGUCAUUGCAGGACCAUGGAAUUUCAGAAGUGUGUUGGAAUGAUGAAAUUAAAGGAAGUGGUAAUACAGAGAACGCUGAACCUCUGUUGUAUUUAAGUGUUGCUAGUACAACUGAAGAGUCACCCAGUGUACCUGGCACUGAACAAAAAGGUGCUGUGAGUAGAAAUGUAAAUAUGAGGCUAUGUUCUUUGAGAAGAGUUCUUACUUGGCCAUAUGAAAAAUGCAAAAGGGACAAAAGUCAAAACACUUUAAAUUAUGAGGAUUUUUUCAAGGCACAUUUCUGUAUGCCCGCUAGUGAUCCUGGUGUCCCAGCAGCAGUCAGGAAAACAGAAUUCAAAGAUGAACAAAAUCAGUAUAAUCACCUACAUACUGUAAAGGAACAAAAGGCAAUUCAUGAUUACAGCAGUGGUAAACCUGACUUAAAAAGAGAAGCAAAACCAGAAAACAAAUUAGUAUCUCCACUUAAGAAAGGAGCCAAGCAAAUAGCCACAAGGGAAAAGGCAUGCAUCUCAGUGUCUGGAAAAGGAUUCAGAGGCUCUGAGACUGUAAAAAAAAAUAAGAAUAACAAAGACGUACCUUCGCAGGCUGGAUUCUGCAAUGACAAUCUUGACUCACCAGCAUCUUCAGACAAAUCUGAUCACGCCUCCUCCCCAUGUGAUAAUACAUUACUCAAAGAUAAUGAAUACACCUUCAUUGAUCUUUUGCAUGAAGUCGUGGAAAAUCAUGGGAGGUGGACCAGGCAGAGGUGGAAACAGACCCAUCAAGUGCGAAUUGCUAGCCUCUCCCCAAUGAAAUCAACGUAAGCUCAUUGCACUCCAUCAAAAAAUGUUCCAUGUGCUAUAGGCUGCCUGUUUAACCAAAAUUGUUGUAUAACAUUUCAGUCGUGGUGAAAUAUGCCAGACUUGACAGUUCUGGAAGCUGAAAUCCUCUAUUAUACAUACUUCAGGAGCAAUGCAGACUGCUCCAUACUGCCCUUCCGGAAUGCCUUAACCAUGUUUUGGAAAAGCAACUUCUAAGGAUGAGAGGGGACUUUUCUCCAUGGCCCAGUCAAUUAGUGGUGCCAAAAAAGGGUGACACAUGUCAUCAAGGUUUUUGUGAUGUGAUCAUUUAUUUACAGGGAGCUUGACUGAGACCCACCAAACUCAUUUCAUCUAGGCAAUCAAACCGCUUUCAGAUGAGUAACGAGUUUUGAUCAUUAAUCAUCUAAGGUAAAUUUUCCAGAAAUGCCCAAGAGAUUUACAAACUGAAGUAGAUAUGACUUAGGUACCUAAAACACUUAGCACUUUUGAAAUUUUUAUCUCUAGGAUGGUUUUGCACCAGGGAUGUAGAAAACUCCAAAUCCCAUUACUCACCUCCCUGAAAUAACCCAUAUCGUUAUGGUUUUGAUUCAAGCAUUGCACUAAGUAGGCAAAUUUAUAAAUUAGCCCUAGAAUUUUCCAGCUGCCUAGAAACGGAUAGUUCAUGGGUUAUUUACUAGCUGUACUCAUUGGUAGAGACCGUUAGUAGCCAGGAUUGUCAAUCUGGCAUAUUCAAGAGCACUAAAAAGUAAUGUAAAAUUUUCAAUUUACUUGCACAAAAAAUGAAAUGUUAACAUGUAUCAUGUCAUACUAAUGGGUUAUACCCCCUUAAAUGGAUUGCUAAUUGUGUGCGCUCUCUCUCUCUCUCUCUCUCUCUCUUUCUAUAUAUAUA